ACUUCUGAUUGGUCGUUAGACGGUCGGCUGUUUUACAGCAAAAACAGCCAACUGAAGAUGCGUGUGGAUGGUACAUCAGCUCACACUCAACCUGCGCCCAGAAAAGCUCUCUGCUUGCGACCUUUUUACAUUCUCGCAGCCUCUCCUUUAAAUUAAAAUCCCUCCGGUGCUCGCGCCCGGUCUCCGUUUCCUCUCGGUCUUCAUUCAGCUCAUUUCAGCGGAGGAAGUUCCAAGACAUGAGCCAAAGGGCAGUUGGACAUCUAUGGUUCAAGAUGAAAUGCAUCUCGCUGCUUCUACUCUUCGUUGAGCAAAUUCAAGGUUCCUCUGAGAUCAUCCAAAAAUUUCUGCCAACCGGAAAGAGAUCAUCUAUCAGUUUCCCUGCAGAUGACCUUUCCAAACAUUUUGUGGUUUCCUUGUUCUAUAAUACAAAUAUAACUAUAGGAACAUGUUACUUCGAUGGAGAUCCAAAGCUGAUGAAAGAUUUCACUGGAAAAGUGGAGCUUUCUUGUCCAGCAUCGCUGAUAUUUCCGAGUCCACAGAAAUCAGACUGUGGACUUUAUUCUGUACGGGUCACGGGAGAUCAAUCUAAAAUAGGGAAGGGCUUCAACGUCACAUUCCAAGAUCCAGUGUCUCCAGUCGGGUUGAAGGUCAUUUCAGAAUCCUCCUGUAAAGCAACCUGCAGUACAGAUGACGACGAGAUCAACGGCAUUUUCAGGUGUGAUGAUAAAUCCUGCCAUCUGGUGGGAGGACAGGGGUCAAAGAUCACCAAGUCUGGGGCUAUCCUCAGUCUCUACCAGUCAAAUGGAUCAAUCAUCUGUAACCAUAGCAACCAGGUCAACUGGACCCAAAACAAGAAAGAGAUCCAGCCCUGUUUGAGAUCUGAAGGGUCCACAGAGCAAACUGCUCUUAUUGCUGGGGUCAUUGUGGCCAUUGGUCUAGUUGUAGCUGCCAUCAUUGGUGGUGUGUGCUACUGUGAGAAGAGGAAUCUCGCAUGUUUUGCCCCAAGAGAGCCAUCGAACUCGCAGGUACCUCAACCUCAGCAAGUCAACGGAGACCCCUGCAUCAUUCCUGAGUCUGACCACCUAAUGAAGGAAAACAUUGAAGUGUCACCUGUUUAAAAACACGGACCGUCGCUCUGUGCUGCUUCACAGGCCCCUGACCAAAGCUUAUAAACGCCAGAAAUAGUUUUCCUGUAACUUCAGGUUACAGGCGGUGCAUACAAACACAUGGUUGAUGGAGCUAGUUCUCUCGUCUUGGCUCUGAUUGGUUGUUUCUGAUGGAGUAUUUUUGAUGAUGGCAGUAGGACUAGGGAUGGGAAUUGUUUACAAACUCAUUAUUCAAGUCCAAUUUUUGGGCCAAAUCAUGAUGUACGAGUCAGAUCAAUUAUUCAUAAUGAUUUCUGCUUUAAUUUAUCAGUGUGCCUCAUUCAGUCCGCUUUGCAGCCUAGAAUGACAAACGGAGAUGAAGGGAAUUCAUUUUAAUCAGUAAUCUAUACUUGGACUGAA